GGGCGCAGAGCUCUCCGGAGACCCCUCAGAGUGGACACAGAAGCCCGGGAGUCUCUUCCCCCGGCCCCACCGAACAUACUUGCGGAGCUAGUAUGAGACAUUGCAACCUGUCUGCUUAAGGAUGGAAGUGACACUUCUAAAACAACUACCUGGUGUAGAAUGAGGUUUCAAUGCUAGAAUCCUAUUUAUACACGCCCACCCAUCCGGGUGUCAAACAGCUCGACUGAAUUAUAGGCUACUCCCAUCCAACCGGGAGAAGCUGUAGUUUCGCCAACGGUGAUUUUCCACUUUAUGCAUAAUUCAUUAGGGGAGGCCCACAAUCCACCUUAAUAAGCAGGUGAAGUUCUCCAUCUCGUUAACUUCCAUGCCAUUUGUCUGCCCAGAGCACUCUUGCCAACACUGACCCUGUGAAGAUAGCAAACAUGACUACCAUCAGAAAACAAGGAGGCUUCAGCAGCCAAUCAUACAGUGUAGGUCCUUCCAGAGGGUACCCCAGCAUGACGCCGGCCAGGAAGGACCUGCUCAACCCCAUCCACACAAAGGUGGACCUCCUUUACCAGAAGGCGAAGACCAAUGAGAGGGAUCAGAUGGUUGGACUGAAUGAUAAGUUUGUUACAUUUAUUGACAGAGUGCGCAACCUGGAGCAGGAAAACAAAAGGCUUGAGACCAAACUGAAGAUUCUCAUGGAGCAAGAGCGCUACAAGGGCAACGUCGAUGAAAUCGUGGCCGCGUUGAGCACCAGCCUGCGCCGACAUAUCGAAAGUCUGGACCUGGACAGACUGAAGCUGGAGGGGGAGUUGGUGCGCAGUCAGGAUGAAGUGGAGCAGACCCGUGAAAAGUUUGAGGAAGAGCUGCAGAAGAAGAUGGACACAGAGAAUGACUUUGUGAUCAACAAGAAGGAAGUGGAUGAGGGCUACCUACAGAGAGUGGAACUGGAACUGGUGCUCGAGGAGCUGAUUAAUGAACUAGAGUUCCUGAAACAGGCUUACCAAGAGGAAAUCAGAGAGCUGGAAUCAAUGAUCGUCAAAGAGAAGAUCGUGCUGAAGGCCAGCAGCGUUCCUGAUCUGGACUUGGAUGAGAUAGUGGCAGCAGUGAGGAAACAGUACGAAGACAUGGCGGCCCGCAGUCGAGAGGAGGUGGAGCAGUGGAACCAGAAGAAGAUGGAUGUUCUGGCUCUGAAGGCUGGGAAGUAUGAGGAUGACCUGCGCGAUAGCAAGAAGGAGAUGUCUGACCUCCUGAGGCAGAUCCAGCGGCUGAAACAUGAGCAGGAAACCCUGAAGAAGAAGAAAGAGAACAUGGAGCUGGAGAUCAGCCAGACUGAGGAGAAGGCCCAGGGCGCUGUAGACGACGCGCGGACCCACAUCGACCAGCUGCAGGAGGCGAUGCGCAAGGCCAAGCAGGUCAUGGCACGCCAGGUGCGCGAGUACCAGGAGCUCAUGAACCUCAAGCUGGCACUGGACAUCGAGAUCGCCACCUACAGGAAGCUCCUGGAAGGAGAGGAGAUGAGGAUGGAUGUACGUGAGCGUGACCAGAUGGAUUUCUAAAAACAAACCAAAACAUACCCCAACCCAUCCUUGCUCAUGCAGACGCCCAGAUCCAUGCAGCAGUCUCUGCCCGCCAACACGCCCAAACCCGAGAAAGGCCUGCUCAUCAAAAUCGAAUUGAAGGACGGCAUAGUGAUAUCCGAAAGCUGUCACUUUGCUGACUCAUAAAAAAAUCCCUGUCCCACCCCCUGUGUCGAGGAGAAGCCUCAUUACUGCAAGUGUGUGUGGCUCACCGAAAAAAAAUCAUUAUCAUUAAUCAUUCUCCUCUGUUCAUUGAAUCUGUCCCAUGGCCUGUUUUCUUUUAGUCAUGCCGCCGACCACAUCUGUACAGAUGUCUGUUUGAACUGCCUUUGUGCAAUCUGAAAAAUACAUUUUAAACUGAUCUAAGACCUGAAGUCUAAUGUCACUGCUGGCUUUUGUCUGUUUCAUUCCUAAAUAUAUAUUCUUGAGAUAUACAAGUACAUACUGUCUUCUAUUUAAAAAGCCUUAUUUUCUUUGAAUCCUAAGACGCGUUGAAUACGUGAAUAAAUACAUCUGUAUAAAAUGAACCUUUUCAUUCGAAA